UCCUGGUCGCUCAUCUUGUCCGAUUGCCGUGCCUCACGAGGACGAAAAGGAAGGAGGGAGGAAGAGAGAAGGAGAGAGAGAAACUUCCGCGCAAAUCUUCGCGGGUCUUUCAUAUGAGUGGCGCCAGCUGUGAUACAGUUCGGCAGAUCACAUCGAGCAGACGUCUCCGUCGGACCACUCGCAAGCAUCCGGGAGCUGCGCGACGUCGCGUCGCCACAAUUCCGCGACGCGCAAAACGCGGGAUGAAAUUGGCGUGACGGAGAGAGGAGCAGAAGCAAAAGAGAGGGAGAGACCGUUUCAAACUCGAAAUCUAACGAGGAACACUCAGAGCCACGCGAGCGGCCGCGCGAUACGGUACGUUUGAAUGCCAGUGUGAACGACGUCACGUUAUGUGUAUCGAGAAACAUACGAGCCACGCGAGGCUCGUUUGCAUCGUCUUGUUUCUAGUGGCAAUUGUUCCGCCGUUUGGACUCUGCCAAAAUGCCGAGGCACGCGGUGCGUUGUUCGAUGGUGACAGGAAGAGAUCGGAUUACUUCACCGACGAGUCGCGCACUCUGGACGCCCAUCAGCAGUAUAGCCGGGGCGCAUCCUCUGAAGGGAUGGAGGUGCUCGAAGAAAACAGAAGGACGCUUUCGUCGCGAGGUGUUAUCGAGGAGCUGGAGGGGACGGAAGCGGAAGCGAAAGCGGGACCCCGCGGCGAUGAACGCGGGGACAAACAUCUUUUGUCGGAAAAUGGUGUGAAAAUUCCUCCUCGAAGAAACGUAAAUGUCACAAACUCGGGCAGACAACAAGGGGACAAUUUCGGAAAUCGAACGCGCAAGAAGCGUCGUAGGGGUAAAGAGCUGAGGAAUUCCAGUAUCAAGGAUCGUGCGCACGAGAUCAGCAUCGAGGACAGUCGUGAGAACGAGAUAACGGAUAAGGGAGGUGAAUUAUCGCAGAGAAGAAACAGUCCCCUGUCAAAGUCAAGACCGAAGAAUCGGGAGGCGCGCAAAUCCCGCGCGGAACGACGGAGACGAAAGAAGAAGGAGAGGAAGGAGCGCAACAGAGGCCGGAAGAGCGCGCGACAGGACGACAAGCGACAGGAUGUCGCGCGUCGAUCGAAGCACGAGAAGAAAAUGUACGACGGCCUGAGCGAUUUUCUCCGUGAAAAAGUCGACCCCGCCAGGAUUGACACGUCCGAGAAAUCGUCAAGCGUCACUUUCGACCGAGCCUCGUCGAUAGCGGCCGUCAACACGACGUUGCCGUCGAGUGUCGAGCAUCGGCCGACGCUCGAGGCGACGAAGAGGCCAAGAAUAUGCCUGCGUUGCGGCAUUUACACGGCCGACACGGUGGAAAGAGAAUUCUCCAAGCAGCUCGAGAUGGAGAUUUCCAAAUCCGCUUCGAAGAAUCCUUCGAUUCUGGACGACGGUAUUUUCGAUACCUCUCCUAAGAAAUCGGUGGAACGCGAAACCGAUGAAAACCGAGGUAUGGAGUCGAGCGAGACCGACACUUUGUCGAAUGCCGAAAGCAAAUUCGGGGGCUCGCGUUACGACGUCGAGAAGAUGCUGGGCUACUCGAGAACCGAGGAGGAUCUGCCGAUCUUGGAUCUGGAGAACCAAGUGCUGGAGAGGACUCUGAAGGACUACAACGCGUACAUGACGUCGAGGUUGAAGCCGGCGCCGUCAUUACCGCCGAUUCGUCGCACCUCCGGCUCACAUCCUCCGAGAAAACCGAUAAUUAAUUCGGAGGAGAGCGACGAGGAACUCGACGACGGAAGCGCGGAAGUCACGAGCGUGACGAAAGCAUCGCAGGACGACGGCACGAGCGGGGAUUUAUCCUGCAUAAACGGGACGUUCCUGCCGGCGCCUCUAUCUCGCCACGCGCUGAUCAAAUAUGUAAAGUCCUCGACCCCGGGCCACGAGUAUUUGGAAGCCGAUUACGAGUGCGUGCCAGGAUUCCAUAUGGUAUCCCCCACGAGCCGAUUAGUCUGCCGGAAUCGUCAGUGGGUCGGACAGGUGCCAAAGUGCGAGAUCAAGCAAAACCCGAACGCCGGUCUAUGCGCUGAAGCAUCCUGCGAGCAUGUUUGCAACGAAAUUAACGGACGUGCCGUCUGUUCCUGCUACGAAGGAUUCAGAUUGGAUGGCCGCAAAUGCGUUGACAUCAACGAGUGUUUGCUGAACAACGGCCACGGUCCGUGCCAGGACACCUGUCGAAAUCUCGUAGGAGGAUACGAGUGCUCCUGCGAAGGUUUGCAAGACGCGUCGCUCUCGACCGACAAUCACACGUGCGAGCACGACAAACACACGGGUCCGUGCAGCGUUAACAACGCCGGAUGCUCUCACACGUGUUUGUCGACGAUGGGUCGGGUGUUUUGCCUGUGUCCGGACGGUUUUAUGCUCGAGGACGACUGGAAAACCUGCCAAGAUGUGGAUGAAUGCUCGGUGCCGGAUCUUCAGACGGACCUGUGUCGCUAUGGAUGCAUUAACACCCCGGGUUCCUACCGAUGUGCGGAACCUAUGGAGUUGAGGGAUCAGCCAGUUCUGGACAGCCUGUCCAUCACUUGCCUGCCGGGCUACGAACAGACCGCCCAUGGGACGUGCAUCGAUAUCAACGAGUGCACGGUUGAUAACGGCGGGUGUACGGAGGUGUGCGAGAAUACAGACGGAAGCUUCUUCUGUGCUUGCGACGGCGACGAGAAAGCCCUGUCAUCCGACGGGAAGUCCUGCGUAGACAUAAAUAGCAUCGCGUGUCUACCAUUAAAUCCGGUUAGUCGUGGUUAUUUAACGUGCUCUCGAUUAGCCACGUCUAAAUUGUGGCGCGACAGGCGAAAAGUGCCCAAUCGACCUGGUACAAGAUGUUUCUUAAAGUGUCCUCGAGGAUAUCAGCUUCGCGGUGAAUACGAGUUAACUUGUCGAUCCGAUGGCACCUGGGAUGGAUCGCAGGACGGAAAAUGCGUCAGAUACAGCAAGCCGCGAUUGGAGUGUCCGAAGGAUGUCGUAGCCGAGUUACCGCCAGGCAGGGAUGAGGCGUUUGUGACCUUUGAUCAACCGGCGACGGAUCUCGAUUGGUUCCGAUACGUGCGAUCGAAACCGUCCUGGGGUACGCGACUCGAAGCCACUCUGCAGCCUGGCGUGCACGAGAUCACGUUUUUCGCACGACAUCCGAUAUCGAAAAAGCAGGCCAGCUGUGUGUUACGCAUUAUCGUCAAAGGUGGCGAAGCACCGAAAGUCAAAGACUGUCCGAGGGACAUCCAAGUUAUCGGAAAGAACGGAACGGCAAUCACAUGGACGGAGCCGACUUUCACGGAUAAUGUGAAGGUGACGCGAAUCAGUAAUAAUGAGAAUCCGGGUCGUCGCUUCGACAUCGGCGGUCAUCGGAUUGAGUACGAAGCGAGCGAUGAGGCCGGCUGGUCGAGCAAGUGCGUUUUCACCGUGGUCCUUCGUUGGGAAUAGGCAAGCGGCGAAACAGGAAAGGAAAUCGACCGACCGGCAAGAGUAGGAGAGAGAAACGGACCGAACGAGCGAGAAAAGAGGGAAGAAGCAGCGCGGAAGAAUAACGAUAAGGUAAUAUAAAUGGAAAUGCUACAUGGGAACGGGCGGGCGCGCACAGCCUGACUCCUUACGUAGGCCCCCGUAAUGGAUUCCCGUUUUGUCCGGCAGGUUACACGCGGAAAAAAGAAAAAAAUACGGAUAUCCAUUCACGCACACGCAUACUUUCCCCUUUUAUCUGUGCGACGACACGCGUAAUAAAAUUUUCAGGCAGGGAUGCAAGUAACGUAACUGUAACGAUGUGUCCGAUAUGCAUAGAUUUAAUGCAAUAACUCGUCGACUGCCACUUUUGAUAGAAUAACGUAAUAAUAGCUCGGUAGCGCUGCGUGACGUUAUAAGAAACGAUAACAAUGUUUUUUAUCGUUAGAGGAGAAGGUGGGGUUUUGAUUUUCCGGAAAGUGUUUCGACGGCAAUUCGCGCCAUGCAUUUUUAUAUCACACAAUUCUUAGAUGAAAUUUGUAGAGUAAAAGGUCUUGAUUUUGCAGAUCAACUUGAUUUUACCGUCUAAUCUACUCCUGCCUUCUCUUUUCAUUUUCGUCGAUACAAUUUUGAUCGCAGAUGAUGAAUAACGGCGCAUAAUGUAACCGCAACAUAGUGAAAGCGAAAUUUGCAUUAUCGGAUCCCGUUCUACAUUAAACAGAAAUUAACAAGCGCUCGUUAUGUCAUUAACUGCGUCGCGCGUCGGAGAACUCGAUGAACUUCCAUAUGAUAUGACAUUCUCCGAAUAUUCCAUAGUAAUUAAUGGGGUUGUCGCGAAUAUACGUCUUCGCCGCUACCGGAUUCCUUUCCCGGGUAAGACUCCCGCCGAAUGUAUCCGCUCGACGAGUCAGACAAUAGGGAGGAGCAACGUAUGUCGCUGUCAAAAUCACACACGAGCGCCGAUAUUCCGUGCGCGAGCUGACGCGAAAUCUGACGCGGUGUUAAGCCGUAUGAUCCAUCACGGUAUAUGGUGUUAAUAUUGGUACAGAGAGAGAGAGAGAGAGAGAGAGAGAGAGAGAGAG